AUGAUCAUGACCACUACCACUUGGACAUGCUCCGAGCUUCUCCGAGGGGAAUCAUCUAAAUCGUACGCCUUGAUCGUAGUCAACCAACCAAUACGUUCAGACCUAUUGGAGAAAGCUUGGAAAUCAGCCAAGAUAAAAUUAUGUGCAGAUGGAGGCGCAAAUAGAUUAUACGACAUUGAUAGCGAAAAGAAGCGACUUCGACUCGAUACGAGACGACAUACGAGAUUACUAUACCUCACGCGAUGUCCGAGUGAUCCAGGAUAA